GUCUUUUUACACUUCAAAAAUAUGUUUGAUAAACGUAUUUUUUUUUUUUUUUUCGCGGUAGUUCUCUUGCAAGCUGUAAGCACGAAGGCAACCCUAACGCCGCAGCGCAAGACCCUUCCCAACCGGAAUAAGAAGUCUUGUGCUUCAGUCAGUUCGUUGCUUCCAAAGGUUUUGCCGCUGUUCAGUUCGCUUCAGCCCGGAGUUGAGCUGCAGAAAUGGCGAAGUCCUUGAGGUGCAAGAGAGAGAAGAGGCUGAGAGCUAUUAGGAGAGAAAUUGUCGAACCCUUCUACGAGAAGAAGGAUGCUGCCAAACUCGCCGCUCAAGAAGCCGCGCUUGCCGCUCCAAAACUGCCCGUGCGCCCCACCCCCGACACUUCUGCUGCUGCCAUGGAGACGGCCUCCACCGUCGCCGCCUCUCCUUUCGUUGCGAUGGAUGUGGAGAUGGUUGAGAGCAACCAGAACAAGGGGCAUUUAAAGCCCCAUGGUGGAAUAGGUAAGAAGUUGAAAAAGAAAUUCAAGAUGGGUAAAGGCAAGCGCCGUGGUAAGGGCAGGAUCAGGGGGAAGCAUAACAUUUAACUGCUCGAUGAUAUUUGUGUACGGCAUUUUGCCUGUCCUGUAUUUAUACAUCCACUGGUAGCCCUGCUUGGAAUUUGGUGAUGCUAAUUUUAUGUUUCAUUUGUUCUUUGUUUAGUUUUAUGAUGCCCCAGAGGUCGAGUCAUUUUAGUAUCUCAAAUCAUGAAUGCAGACACUUGAUGAGUAGGACACGUAGGGCCUCAAAUGUGAAAUGCCUUUUUUGGGAAUGCAUGGAUUUCUUGAUGCUUAUA